AUGGAGCCCACAACUGACAGCAGCAAGUCUUGGUGUCUGGGAUCUGCACUUUUUGUGUGUGCUCGAUGCUGCUCAAACUCUGGGAUCCUUUAUAUCCCUGGCGGGCUCCUUCUCCUUGCCGUCAUCCUUUCUCCUUCCUUCCCCCAUGCCAACCCCACCACCACCACCAACCAAUCCUCCCCAAUCUCCUCAAAAGCCUCCAACUGUGCUCUUUCUCCUGCUCCCCUCUCUCAACUGGCCCUGGAGCAGGCCCUGCAAGUGUCCACUUCACUCCAGGCCUCCCAGUCUCUCCAAGUUUCUGCUAUCACCAUCACCCUUCCUCCCUCGCCUGCCUCAGGUGACCACAGGCCUCGGCUACCAUCUUCUCCCAUGGCUCCCGUCUCCUCCGCUUCGCCUAUUUCCUGUCCAGUUGUAAAGUGUCCUCGGGGUGCUACCCCCAUUGCCAAAAAAGCAUUUCAAAGGGAAGGAACAUACCAUUGUUGCCCCCUCCCCCCCAAGGCCAUCAGCAAGCAUGGGCCCUUUGGCCUCCUCCAUUUCUAG